AUGCUGAGCAGGUUGAUGAGCGGCAGCAGCAGGAGCCUGGAGCGCGAGUACAGCUGCACCGUGCGGCUGCUGGACGACAGCGAGUACACCUGCACCAUCCAGAGAGAUGCCAAAGGCCAAUACCUGUUUGACCUUCUUUGCCACCACCUGAAUCUGCUUGAGAAAGACUACUUUGGGAUCCGCUUUGUGGACCCUGACAAGCAGCGGCAUUGGUUGGAGUUUACAAAGUCUGUGGUGAAGCAGUUGAGAUCCCAGCCUCCAUUCACCAUGUGUUUCCGUGUGAAGUUUUACCCUGCAGACCCUGCUGCCCUGAAAGAAGAAAUAACCAGGUAUUUAGUCUUCCUGCAGAUCAAAAGGGAUCUGUACCACGGCCGCCUCCUCUGUAAAACAUCAGAUGCUGCCUUGUUAGCAGCUUAUAUCCUUCAAGCGGAGAUUGGGGAUUAUGACCCAGGAAAACACCCUGAAGGCUACAGCUCCAAGUUCCAGUUUUUCCCUAAACAUUCAGAGAAGCUGGAAAGGAAGAUUGCUGAGAUUCACAAAACAGAACUCAGUGGCCAAACACCAGCAACAUCAGAGCUGAACUUUUUAAGAAAAGCACAGACGUUGGAGACAUACGGAGUGGACCCUCACCCGUGUAAGGACGUGUCAGGAAAUGCUGCAUUUCUGGCCUUCACUCCUUUUGGGUUUGUUGUUCUGCAAGGAAACAAGAGGGUCCACUUCAUUAAAUGGAAUGAGGUGACCAAGCUGAAAUUUGAAGGAAAGACUUUUUAUUUGUACGUAAGUCAGAAAGAGGAAAAGAAAAUUAUUCUCACAUAUUUUGCUCCAACUCCAGAAGCCUGCAAGCACCUCUGGAAAUGUGGGAUAGAGAACCAAGCCUUCUACAAGCUGGAGAAGUCAAGCCAAGUCCGCACAGUGUCCAGCAGCAAUUUAUUCUUUAAAGGGAGCCGGUUCCGAUACAGUGGCCGAGUUGCAAAGGAAGUAAUGGAGUCCAGUGCCAAGAUCAAACGGGAGCCACCAGAAAUACACAGAGCAGGGAUGGUCCCCAGCCGCAGCUGUCCCUCCAUAACCCAUGGCCCAAGGCUGAGCAGCGUCCCCAGGACCCGGAGAAGAGCUGUUCACAUCUCCAUCAUGGAAGGCCUCGAGUCCCUACGGGACAGUGCCCACUCCACCCCGGUGCGUUCCUCCUCCCACGGGGACACUUUCCUGCCUCACGUGAGAAGCAGCCGGGCAGACAGCAAUGAGCGAGUCGCCGUGAUCGCGGAUGAGGCCUAUAGCCCUGCAGACAGCGUGCUGCCCACCCCUGUGGCCGAGCACAGCCUGGAGCUGAUGCUGCUUUCCCGGCAGAUCAAUGGGGCCACCUGCAGCAUUGAGGAGGAGAAGGAGUCUGAGGCCAGCACCCCAACUGCUGCAGAGAUGGAGGCCCUUGGGGGAGAGCUGAGGGCCCUGUGUCAGGGGCACGGCAGGCCAGAGGAGGAACAGGUGAAUAAGUUUGUUUUAAGUGUCCUCCGUUUGCUCCUUGUGACCAUGGGACUCCUCUUUGUUUUGCUCCUCCUCCUGAUCAUCCUUACUGAGUCUGACCUUGACAUUGCCUUUUUCCGCGAUAUCCGCCAGACCCCCGAGUUUGAACAAUUCCACUAUCAAUACUUUUGUCCCCUCAGGCGAUGGUUUGCCUGCAAAAUCCGCUCAGUGGUGAGCCUGCUCACUGACACCUGAGAAGGCAGGAAUCCUCCCAAUAACUAGUCAGGUGGACCAAGGAGCCCGGCUACCCAUUCCCAGCAAUGGGACCCAUCGCGGAACCAUCGGCACAUGUACCAAGUCCUCCUCUCAUGACUCAAAGUCCACAGCCUAGGAGGGUCGUUUCCCAGAAGAAGAAAGGGAUAGGCUCAUGCCUUGUCUAAACUAACUGGGAAAACUCAUUUCCUUCAGAAGUUCUUUCAAGAAAGGCUCGGCGACUCUGUUUCUCAUCCUCCCAAUUUGCAGGAUAAAAUUUUUGGUUUUGAAUUUUGAUUUUUCAUAGAUGUGUAUUAUUUUGAAAAUAUCAAAAAUAAUUUAUUUUAUUAUUACUGAUUCUCACAGUAGUGUCACCUAGUAGAUGGGACACUAGUUGGAGAC